UAAGACAUAAUAAAACCUCUAUAGUUUUCUCUUUGUGAAUUUAGUAUUCACCGCAAUAAUACUGCUACUGUUUUUAGACAUUUAGUACGCAUGAAUGUUUUUUUUUACCGCCAGGUCAAGGCGCGUCGACCACAACGACCGAUCGUAUCGUAACGUUUUUUCGGUGUAGUCAAAAAGUCUUCUCGAUUCCACUAACUCAAAACUUACCGUCGUGGCUCGACUCAUAUUCGUUACGCACUCCGUCUUCUCCGGAUAGUUUAAAAGAUGAGCGGCGACAAAAUUAAAAGCCUAGUGGAACUCGCCAACAAUAGGCUGAACAGUAGCGAAGAUUUUGAACAAUUUCAGACGUUCGUUACCCGAGAGCUCGAUUUGGACACUAUAUAUUCAUUAAUAGAUGAAAAAAUUGAUCGUGUAGAUGGGCCCAAAGUAUUGGAGUAUAUAUUAGUUGGACUUUCUGUGAAACCGGGUUCCCAAGAAACCGUUGAACAAGUCUAUGAAUAUGUAUUAAACGCAAUCAAUAAUGCCGAAAUUCCAGAAAAAAUGAAAGUAUGUUUGAUUAGUCGAUUAUCAUUAGAAUUAAAUAAACUAUCGACCAAGCAGCUUAUCAAAUUUAUAAAUAUGUGUAAAAAAGACAUCGAAGAAUCAAACGAAAACUGUGUUCAGAGCUGGAAAGAAUUGUUUCCUCAUAUUUUAAAAAUAAUAUCUGAUAUCAAACUUAUUAGAACUGAAGAUUUUGAAAUGGCAGGAGCUGAUUAUAAAGAAAUGAUCAUUACUGACAUUUGUCGUUUUAAAGUGCAACCCAACAUAACAGUAGCACUUGCACUAAUGUUUAGGGGGACACUAUUGACUGAAAAAGAACAUGAACUAGUUAUCAAAACAUUAUGCUCAUAUUUUGGUCAAAUGAAACCUCAAGAAAUUCCACCUAUUCUACAACAAAUAUUACAUUUUUGUUCAAGUGGAGAUUUUUUAACUCUAUUUUGUACACUUCAAAAAUAUUUUGAUGAUAAGUAUCAUUUAGACCAAAGUAAUGAUGAAAACUUUGCAUUUGAAAUAGAGGGUGAUGAGAAAAAAGAAUUUUUAGAAGCUGAAAGUACAGUAUUAUUUCUCUUGGAAGACUUUGCUAAAGUACAUUCUUCAUUUGUUAAUGAUAUUACUAAGUAUAUAAAAAAUAGUAUUGGUGCUCCUAACAUGGUUUUUGGUCCAUUCAUGUUGGCAUUUUUACUAACUAUGUCUUGCUGUGCGCCUUUUGAAGCUAAUGUUAUUGAUUUGAUAAAAAAGCUUGUAGUUCAGUCAUUGGUAGAAGUAAAAAAUACUCAACGUUCAUAUUGGUUAAAACUCAAUUACACGGAUAUAUAUGAUGUUUACACACAAUUUAAAAUAUUUAUAAAGAGCGAAAUAUCAAGUUAUGAAAAAAUAUUUAAAGGUCUUGUUAAUUUGGGAUUAUCAUUUCUUGGAACCACUUCAUCUGUAUUUAAAAAAAAUGCCGAGAUUAUUGACACAGUUCAUCAGCUUGGUUUGUUCAUCAUAGUAUCAUUGGUUCAUAAGCGAUCAUUUAUCACCGGUAGUGUUUUACGAAAAUUGACCAAUUUUAUUACAUCUAACCCUGAAUGUAAUCAAUAUUUAGAGUGUUUACAUAAACUUUGUAAGAACCAAAAAUUAACAGUUAUUGAAAAUAAUACUGAAAUAUUGAAGUUGUUUAAAGAAAUACCAGUUGGCAUGACUGAUAAAGUAACUUGUGCAGUCAUGCCCGUACUAAAGACAUCAAAAUAUUUACGUGAUAAUAUCAUCAUGAUUUUACGAAAAGAACUCAUAUCAAAAGAUUAUCAGUUAAGGCAUUGUGCAGUAUUGGGAUUUAUUGAAAUAUUAUGUAGUGUUCAUUUGGACAGUUUUACAACAUUAAGCCAGAAUACAAACAGCCAAGAUUCUUGGCCUGGAUUAUUUACUCAGAUGGUUCUUGAUCGAGAUUCUGUGGAUAUUCAUUCUGCUGUUGAUUCUGAAGAUACUUCAGAAAAUAAUAAAACAAUUUGUUUGGAAAUUUUGGACUCACUUAAAACAUGUUUUUACCAAAAAUCGGAAAUCAAACAAUCACUUUAUAGAGGAUUGAUCAGAGUGACUUCGCAUAACAAUGAAUUAUGUAUAUGUGUCAAUAGUUUGCUAUUAGACCACAUGAGUUCAUGGUGUAACAGACUUGUAGUUGCAGAAAACAAAAAAUCAUUAAAAUUUGACAAGUCCAUAGUCAUAGGAAAAGAUAAUAAACCUAUUGUGCAUGAGCCAUUAGAUGAGUUGAUUUUGCUGGCUCAACACGUACUGGUUACAAGUAUACAGUUCAACGACAACAAAGAGUAUGCUAAAAUUGAUGAGUUAAAACAAUUACUCUGUCAACUGGUAAAUUUCUAUAGUGAGUGCAAUACAGACGAAAUAAAAGUGAACGAAAGUGAUUGUCUACUGGAUAUUAUUUCUGAUACCACAGAAUACAUGGAUGUCAUCAAACAAAUACUUUGUGUUUAUCAAGCGUUUAUGGUCUAUAUAGUUAAUUCAUGGCAUAGUUUUGACCAAGACAAAGAAUGUUGUAAAAAACUUCAAAAAUUAUUUUCUAAAUACAAUCAUAUUUUGGAAGCCGUUAUGGCAUUAGAUAAAACUAAUAAAAAAAAGGAUAAAGGAAAUAAAAAAAAUAAAGGUGAAACAACUGGAACAAUUACUAAAUUUGUUGAACCAGCAAUUCAUUUAGAUUUCGAUGUACUGUAUAAGUUUCUUUCUUUACUCACUAAAAAUGUAAGCUGGGCAUCUGAACUUAAUGUUAUUCUGUUAAAACAAAAUGUGAGACUAUGGGAAUUUGUAUUAAAACUGGUACAAACAUAUUUGACAGAAGUGAAGAAUUUGCUUUCGCGUGAUAUAAAACCUCGUAAUUUAUAUGAAAAUAUUUGUAAAUUAACAAAAUUGCUUUACGACUAUUUUCUAUUUGAUGUUUGUGAAAAAAUUAAAUUUAGUCAAACAGUCCUUGAAUUAGGAUUGGAUUGUUAUUUACAAAUAAUAAAACUUGUUAAUUCACAUUACAAAAACUUGAAUAAAUUUUUUUCUGACUCCAACAAAGAUGAUUCGAAUGAUGAAUCAGGAGAAAUAUUCAAUGUUCUGCGUAAUAUGAGAUUAUAUUUGGAUCAAAUUUUACAAAUGAAUCAAAUCGAUGACAUUAGUAACGAACAGGAAGAUAAUGAUGACAAAGAAGCAUAUGAUAAAAUUGAAGCUCAUCUAAUUGGAUGUGUGUCUGUAGUAUGUCAUGGCAUUAAAAAUAAUCAGGGUUCUAAAAUUAAAAAUAUAUUAACCUGGCUAUCUAUGGUAGCCGAAAAAUAUUCAUUUUCAAAUUCAAACAACUCUAAACAAUUCUUAACUCUCAUGCUAGAGAUGCAUUCAGCAAACCAAGACGAUCCUAUAAUGUUAGCUACUACGAUUAAAAAUUUAUGCCAUUCAUUUGGUCGAAUAAAUAAAUCUAAUAAAACCAGUCAAUCACAAAUGAGACCAUUGAAAUUAAUAACUACUUGGAACAGAGCAGUUAUGUGUCCUGUAUUAUGUCAAAGCUUGUGCAAUGAAUUAAACUGUGUCAUGCAGUGCUUAUCUCGAAUCAAGGCUGAACUGAAUGCAUCACAGAAAAAAAUAAAGAAUAUUUGUCAAGACCGACUGAAAUCUCGAGAAAAAGCCAUCUGUCAUCGUAUUGUUUUAGUGGUAUUGUCUGCAACUUCAUUUACGAAAACAGUUAUCCCAUUGGGUCAAUGUACAGAGUCUGUUUUCAAUUUGUUAUAUCAAGUCUAUAAAACCAUCAACGUGGUUAUUAAACAUUUCCUGGCCCGUUCCACUGUGAACGAGCCUGUGUACAAGCAAGCUUUAUUGAGCAAAUUGUCAGAAAUUGUCAAUGAUCAACUGUCACCAAAUGUUUCUAAGUUUAUCAUGUUCAUAGAGUACGAUAGACCAUUGACGGAUAAAGAGAAGAAGUCUGUUCAAUUGAAAAAUCAAACACGUCGCCAAGCAUCUUACAUUCCAAGAGUAGUCACUGAACUAGAGCUAUUCGUGAAUCUAAUUACUAAAUUGGGGAAAAAAUGCAAGGAUCAACAUUUGGUGAACAGUAUCAAACUCACUGCUACCCGUGACUUCAGACUAAAUGUACAGAAAGUUCAAGACAUGCUUAGCAAACAAAAUAAUUCAGAUGAAAGCGACGAAGAAAUCAUUGGUAAUAAUAAAAGAUCAAAUGAGUCUGAUGAGCAACCACCAAAUAAGAAACAAAGGUCCUGUUCAAAUACAUCUGAUGAAAUUAGAGAAGUAUCAUCAAUUAUCUGAUGCUUUUUUUUUUUGUUACGAUAUAUACUAUUUUCUUAUCAACAUAUCCUAUUUCUUAAUGCUUUACAUUAAAAGGUAUUUUUUUUAUUUUUUCUUGCUGUGAAAUUAAACUAAAUUUAAGAUUCAUA